AUGAUGCAGAGAUGCUUCUGCUGCGUCUUCCCAGAAAGCAGACGGCCCGAUGGUAAUAGUAACAUCAGUAGUGGGAAGGAUUACCCUUGGGAUAUAUACACCCUAAAAGAGCUCCUCUACGCCACCAACAGCUUCCACAAUGAUAACAAGAUUGGAGAAGGCGGUUUUGGGAGCGUUUAUUGGGGCAGGACUACCAAAGGCGACGAGAAAUGUUUACGAUGGAUUUUGGAUCGGGUGCAGAUAGCGGUGAAGCGGCUGAAGGCGAUGACGGCGAAGGCGGAGAUGGAGUUUGCGGUGGAAGUGGAGAUACUAGGGAGGGUGAGGCACAACAACUUGCUGGGGCUAAGAGGGUUUUACGCCGGCGGCGACGAGAGGCUGAUUGUUUACGAUUACAUGCCGAAUCACAGCUUGAUCACCCACCUCCACGGCCCGCUCGCCGCCGAGUGUUUGCUCGAUUGGUCAAGAAGAAUGAGCAUAGCCAUUGGGUCAGCGGAAGGCCUAGCGUACUUGCACCAUGAAGCGAGCCCACACAUAAUUCACAGGGACAUAAAAGCAAGUAACGUCCUCCUCGACAUCGACUUUCAAGCCAAAGUUGCUGACUUUGGUUUCGCCAAGCUCAUCCCCGAUGGAGUAACCCACAUGACCACCCGAGUGAAAGGCACACUCGGCUACCUUGCUCCCGAGUACGCCAUGUGGGGCAAAGUCUCCGACAGCUGCGAUGUUUACAGCUUCGGCAUCCUCCUCCUCGAACUCAUCAGCGCCAAACGCCCUUUAGAGAAACUCCCUGGUGGAGUCAAGCGUGACAUCAUUCAGUGGGUCACUCCUUAUAUUCAGAAGGGUGCCAUCGACCAUAUAGCAGACCCGAGACUUAAGGGCAAGUUCGACCGGUCGCAGCUGAAGCUGGCGGUUAUGGUUGCAAUCCGUUGCACCGAUGCCAACCCAGAGAACCGACCCAUUAUGACCGAGGUGGUGGAGUGGCUCAAGGGAAACUUACCCGGGCAACGACCGAAACAGGUUUCCCACAUGGAAGACGACAUGGACGAGGAGGAUGAAACCGAUGAUACAAAUGAUACUAUGGAGUCACAGAAGCUUAGGGUUGAACGGUCGUUCCAUCAAAGGAAUCGGGCAGCUAAUUCCAAAGGCAGAUGA